AUGUUGGAAGGGUCUGCAGUCCAGAGGCAGCUGUGUUGGGGAGCUCUCUGCCUGUGGGCAGCGUGGGUGGCAUGUGCGACACAAACACCUCCGCCUUGCCCGCAGCCCUGCAGGUGUAACGCUGUGAAGCUGGAGGUCGACUGCUCCGAUCGCCAACUCACCACAGUGCCCGGCAAUCUCCCACAAGACUCUCGGCUGCUGAACUUGACUCAUAAUAAGAUCAAAACUCUGGUGCAUCAGCAGUUCAAGACUCUAACACAACUUUGGGACUUGGAUUUAAGCGACAACAUUGUGGUAACGAUCGAGGUGGAUGCGUUUCUUGGCUUGCAAAACCUGCUAACUCUGCGCCUCGCCCGCAAUCACCUUAAGAUUAUUCCUGUAGGGGCAUUCGUUGGAUUGGCAAAACUGCAGCUACUAGACAUAAGUGAUAAUGAGAUCCUGGUUUUGCUAGAUUUCACUUUCCGUGACUUGGCGGCCCUGCAGCGCAUUAAGGUGGGAGAAAAUGACCUGCUUUUCAUAUCGCAUCAUGCGUUCACAGGCCUAACCAGUCUACAAGAACUGCACCUUGACCGAAGCAACCUCACCGCUGUGCCAACAGAGGCACUCAAGCAACUCAGUGGGCUGACAAGCCUUCAUUUCCGCCGCUGUGGCCUGACCACCCUGCCGAACAACUCCUUCCGUCAUCUGGGGCGCCUCAAGGAGCUUGUCAUCUCCCACUGCCCCUGGUUGGACACCCUGGCAGGAAACAGCCUCUUUGGCUUAAAUCUUACAUCCUUAACCAUCAGUAACUGCAACCUUAGUGCUGUGCCCUACAUCCCAUUACAUCACCUUGUAUAUCUUACAUACCUUGAUCUCUCUUUUAAUCCAAUCACUUCCAUCCACGGGAAUCUGCUGAGGGACUUGCUGCGGCUCCAGGAGUUUCAUCUGGUUGGGGCAGGAUUACUGCAUAUUGAACUUGGAGCAUUCCAGGGUUUGGCACAUUUAAAAUCACUGAAUGUAUCCAAGAACCUUCUAACCACACUCGAGGAAGGGGCUUUCCACUCAGUAGACAGCCUAGAAAUCCUGAGAAUUGAUAACAACCUGCUAGCAUGUGACUGCCGCCUGCUGUGGGUGGUGCACAGGCGUCGGUAUCUGAACUUUGGUGGGCAUCCACCGAUUUGCACUACCUCGGUCCAAUUCCAGGGCUGGAACUUCCUAGAGUUUUCUGACGCUGAACUCCCAGGCCUGUUUACUUGUCGAAAGCCUCACAUUUUGAACCACGAACUUCAAGAUGUACAAGUGGAUCAGGGACAAACAGUUUUGUUUUAUUGCAAUGCAGAUGGUGAGCCUGUGCCCUUCAUUGUGUGGCUAAACCCACAGCUGAGACCUUUGUCGUCCAUCGGCAGGAUCCGGGUUCUUGCCAACGGCUCGCUGGAGGUUCGCUAUGCACAGCCACAAGACAGCGGUGCUUAUCUCUGCGUGGCAUCCAAUGCUGCGGGAAACGACAGCCUCACCGUUAGCCUCCAUGUCCAUAGCCUUCCAUUAUCCUCUCGAAACCCCUUUCGUCUUGAAAGCUGGAUCGCCCUUCCCUCCGGCUCUCCGACCAUAAAUGGGACUCAGCAGUUUUCAUUCGAUGUCAAAACACUCCUGAUAGCAGUAACCAUCGGCUUUUUCUCAUUCUUCAGCUCUGUAACCAUAUGCUUUAUUUUCAUGUUCCUCUGGAGUAAGGGCAAAGGGCAAAUAAAGCACACAGCCACGAUUGCAUAUGUGCCACGAAGCGCCAUGGCAAGCAGCAACGGGGGCACAGGAAACUACAUGGAAUCAGGCAGACUCACUAUGAAGCUGAUAUGA